AUGCCUCGCACCACUCGAGCAACAGCUCCCAAGGAGGAGCCCAAGUCUGAAGACAAAAAGACCUUGGUCGCUGCAAAGCCCAGCAAAACCUUUAUCCUCCCGUCGCCCACCAGCGCCCACGCGCGUCUGCUCUCUCUUCCCAACCCGCAGUCUGGCGAGCUCUCGCGCUACUUCUUCUGUCCUGAACGCGGUAUCUAUGAAUUUACAGUCGUCGCAUCGCCUCCGACAGCCGCCAGGAGUAUUCUAUAUACGCCAAAGUCGCAAGAACCAAAUAUCGCACUCGAAGAUGAGAAGGAGAAGGACGUGCCUUCGGUGACCGCGUCAGUUGCAAAGAAGGCCGAAUUGCUGAUUGCGACGCCAAUCGACACCCUGUUCUUCCUGGCACACCUAUUUUCAAUCUCUACGAAAUCGGGCCAAUCUCUGUUCCAGCCAUUGGACGAUAUUAUCGAUUCGAACGAUGACCUCCAUCCUCACUUUCGCCAUGUUCUCUAUGAUGAAACAUUUCGAAGUACACUCCUAGCUCGCGCAGAAGCGAUUUGUGAGACUGUGGAGGCAGGCGACGAGAAAAUGCUCCGUUUUAGCGAGAUGAAACUUCUCAAGGAAUUGAUCGCCAAGGCCGAGCGCAUGGCUGUGCAGGGGCUGCCAGCAAGUUUGGAGGAACGUUUCAUCCGCCAGGCAUUGGCUGCUCCGCUGAUGGCUGUCAAGCGAGAGGAAUCAUUGGCCGGUCAGGCUCCGAAGGACGAGGAAGCAAGCUCCAGAUCUGAGGUAAGACAGGACAGCCCGUCUACGGUAGCUACCACUUCUACUCCCUCGGUGUCAACACCUGCGGGAGAAUCUACACCAGCUCCCGGUGAAGAUUCAGACUCUACAGAUAAUGUCCGACGCUUGCAGCGAAUUGUGACGGUGUUGUCCUUCAUGAAAGAAUCAUAUCUAUCACAAUCGUUGUGUUCCAGAAUUGAUGAGAUCCUCGCCUCGCCUGAAACUCCAUUGGAUCUCAAGCCGUUGCACGACCGCUUAAAGCAACUUGUCGAGCUCCGCACCGAGGCAUUCGCCUCGCGAAACAUGUCUGAUUUCAGUCGUAAACGUGGUCUGGAUGAUGAAGAAAUGGAGUCUCGAGCUGAUAAGAAGCGCAAGAAGGAGGAGGAAGAAAAGGUGAAGAAGGCGGCGGAGUCUCAGGCAGUGCGCAAUCUGAAGAAGGUCAAUACAACUGGAAUGAAGAAGAUGAGUGAUUUCUUCGGAAAGGCAGCCGCGAAAAAGAAGACUUGA